UCUCUUUACUUUAGCUUUGCAGCUAGCUCUGACGAGCGGGCGAGACGAAAACGCCAACGAGCCUGAACACGAAGUUUUCAUAUUUAAAGCGAAUGUGUUUGCUUAUUUAAACAUAAAAGAGAUCAUUUAGGCUCGAUUUGGGGGAUUUUACAAUUUUUUCCUCCUCAAGUUUGCGGUAUUUUCCUCAGAGAAACGCGGCGGCUGGGCUCGAUUUGAGGUGACAUAAGACUGACAGUUGAAAAACCGACCGUCUCUUCACUCAGACGACAAAAUGGCUUUUGUUUCGACCUCUGCUUUGGGAUACACCGACCUGUUUUACUCUAAUAUCAACUCAAAAAGUCUUUCCUUCCCUUCUGUCGUCACUACAAUCCCCUCAAGCCGAAAUAAGUGGUGUUAUUUUCCUCAGGAGAGCACAGUUGGCGCUAACGCUGCGGUCAAUAUGGACGCUGAUGGUAUUCGCUGCCGCCGGGUCGGACUCUAUGCAAUUUAAACGACAUGAACAGUUUAUUUCAUCCUGGAGAAUAUUUAUCAGUGCUCAUGGAUGGUGUUAAGGGCUGUAAACAAUUAAAACAAAUUUUUAGCAUUUCACUUUACUCUUAGCUAACAUUUAGCCAAAACUGAAAAUUGUGUUUUAAUAUAACUAGCUGCGUUACCCAGCUCUGUUUUAUGAGGCCAUAUCUGCAUUGUGUUUGGAAUAAAAACUACUCUUGAAAACAAAAAUUCAUCGUAACCUUUAGGGAGAUCUGUCUCUAAACACAAGCACUUUUAGUAAGGAAACGUGGAGAUAUUGCUAAAGGGAGUUUCUGAAGUUAAUAGUUAGCUUAUCAAAGUUCCAUAUCCAUUCAGUUUAUGUAGUUCUGACCAUUUCAUAGGACACAUGUUCAGAAGUAUGAGUGCACGUGGCCACUUUUCAAAAGGGGACACGUGCUCCACGCGUGACAGCAGUGAUGAUAGCACUGACAGCUCGUGGAUCAGCGUGUUCUCUCUGGUCUCCAGGCCUGCUUGGUCUCUCUUGCAGAGAUAUUUACCAGGAAGAGCCCAGACUGCUUUUGAUGUGAAGUCAAAUCUAGAUAUUGGGAACUCACUAAUGGGGGGACUCGGUGAGACCCCUCUGAAAGUUAAAUACCUCCACUGCCAGCAUGAAAACGCGGCGUGCGCGUCCACCGGAGAUCCGGGGACUCUGGCCUGGUUAACUCAAGACUCAUUGAGUGAACUGGGGAUCCGGAACACUGCACAGAAGGAUUUCAACGUGCAAAGGCAGGCAUCGGUUGGAUACCUCGGAACGGCGAGAAAUUUUCUCAGCCAGGUGUUGAGCGCGCCCUCCAGCAAAGAGAAAGUGCGGACGGCGGCCAAGCGCGGGAGACCAGAAAGCGGAUGUGUCUGGGGUGGGGACACGGCGGCAACGCGCUCUGCUAACACCUGGUGGUUGGGUGGAUUUUGGGGGGGCGAGGAUAGCCCUCAAAACUGGCUGCUAAAUGUACCACAAAGCAGAAAAGAGACUGAUACGAGCUGGCAGCAUUGUGGAGUUCAUCACAGUGUUGGCUAUUGUCAGAGUCGCGCACAGGCUGCUGUUUCCAAGACAACAGAAAUGUGUGUACGUAGCGAUGGUGGGGGAUCAAUGCACAACGAAAGCGCUGGACCCUUAUGCUCCAAAGAGCGUGUCCACAAUGAAAGCCUACACGCGCCCAAACCAGAAUCCCUUCCAAGCUCAUACCAGCUGCCACUAGAUAUUGAGCAACAUAAUGUUUUUAAACCCUUAGAUUGCAGUAGAGCCUACAGUGAAGUGGCAGUUCUGACCCCAGACCAAGACAAUGGCUACUCCAGCUUGGAGGAAGAACACUCGCUUAGUAAGCUUUGUAGUAUGAAACUGCUUUCUGACGAGCAGGAGUUGUUGGAAACAGGUGGUCCCGUUGCUUCUGACGAGAUAUCAUCACAGAGUAACAUAACUGGGAAUGACUCUGUGGAACAGGCUCACAGUGAGCCUGCCACCUACGAAACAGAAACAAAUCAAAGGGAAGAUGCUGAGUUUUCUGACUCUGAGAAGACAGCAGAUUUGCCAGCAGCUGAAGACUUGCCCACUUCUCGCUGUCAAAACAAGGUCAUCGCUUACAUCAUGGGCAGCCCUUGCAGUGAGGUCUCUGAAUCAGAGGAUGAGGGUGAUUGGGACAGUAAUGAUGAUGAUGGAUUUGAUAGUGAAGGCUCGUCUCACUUCUCAGAGUCUGAGGACCUGGAUGACAGCGAUGAUGAAACAGAGGACGAUUCGGAUGGAGAUGAGGCAGACUCUGAAACAGAGAGACUGUGGAAUUCCUUGUGCCAAAACGGUGACCCUUACAACCCUCGAAACUUCACAGCUCCGAUAAGGACGGCCUCCAAGCCUAGCCCUGCUAUGUACUCCUCAGUCUCAGAGUCUCCGUCAGCGCAUAUGUCCUCCCACUUUUCACCUCCUCUUUCGUCCCUCUCACUUUCAGAGAAUGAGUCCAGUGAAGAGGCCUGUGAGAUGGAUGAAGAAGAGAAUCAUAGACUAUGGAACUCUUUUACUUGCUCAGCUGAUCCCUACAGUCUUCUCAACUUCCAGGCCCCCAUACAGACUCAGAAGCCCCCCAAAGGAUGUCAUAAGGAAACAGCACAGGGAACACCUUGCUACAAGGGGGAGGAGGCUGAGGAGAGGUUGGACAGUGGAUUCUCAGAGAUUUCCCCUCUGCCAUGCUCAAGCAGUGCCAUGGGUGUUCAGCUGAAGAAGGUGAAGUUUGUGGAAGAGGUAGAGGAGUUCUAUGCCAGCAGCGAUGAGGACCGCCAUGGCCCUUGGGAGGAAAUUGCCCGGGACCGCUGUCGUUUUCAGCGGCGUGUUCAGGAAGUUGAAGAGACUAUCAGCUACUGCCUUUCUCCAACUUUCCGCCUGGUCAUAUAUCAGAGACUUUACAAUACUAGCUAAUUAAAAGCCUUGUUUGUUGUUUAACAAAAAUUUAAACAAUGAAUAAUAAUAAUAAAUAAAUAUAUAUAUAUAUAUAUACACACACCGAUCAGCCACAACAUUAAAACCACCUACCUAAUAUUGUGUAGGUCCCCCUCGUGCUUCCAAAACAGCGCCAAUCCGCAUCUCAGAACAGCAUUCUGAGAUGAUAUUCUUCUCACCACAGUUGUACAGAGUGGUUAUUUGAGUUACUGUAGACUUUGUCAGUUCAAACCAUUCUGGCCAUUCUCUGUUGACCUCUCUCAUCAACAAGGCAUUUCCAUCCGCAGAACUGCCGCUCACUGGAUGUUGAUGCGGGUUGGCGCUGUUUUGGCAGCACGAGGGGGACAUACACAAUAUUAGGCAGGUGGUUUUAAUGUUGUGGCUGGUCGGUGUAUAUAAAUUUGUUAAAUUCAGGGCAUCAGAAGGCCCUUAAUUAUUGUAAGGGCUCAUAAGUCACACAUCCAAUAAAGUCCAAGGUUCCUGCCAGGGAAAGACACCUCA